GCACAUUCAUCAGUCGCCGUCAACAAUCGAUUUGGUGCACUUAUUCGUCUCCGAUUGUUCUGCGACCAAGCGAAAGUUAGCGCUACUCGAUAUUCAGCAAGCGAUACAAGCGUGCCGGGCGAAUUAGUUUAGUUACUUAUUUGGUUUGCCAUGAGCAAUUUAAGUGUGUUCAGUUUGCUUCUCAUUUUCGCUGCUUCCUGCUACGUUUCUGGCGGUACCGAGGCAGCCAGCAAGCAUGACGAUGACUUUCUGCAGGCUAUAAAUUUCGGAAAAUUGCCGAAUAGCGCAAAACCGUAUACACCCAUACAAGAACAACAAAAACAGCUAAAGCAUGAAAAAGUUCAGACACAGUUUGGUAAGCGGUCGAUGUUGGCUUCAGAGGCCGCCACAGCAAUUGCACCAUCCACCAUGAGGACACGUCAGAAGCGCUCUCAGCAUGCUCUGGCCACGACAGAAGAGUAUCUGAAAAGCAUGCCGACGUAUACCUACAACUUGGCAUUGCUUAAUAUAAUGCAAAAUUUAAGAAGGCAACUUUCCGACAUCGAGUUGGCGCGUUUGCGUUCGCGCCUCAGUCGCAGCGCUGCUGCGGAUUUACAAUUGUUCAAUGAAAUCUACAACAAUAAUAACAACAAUGGAGAGUACCCUGGCGAGACAGACAGCGGCAAAAACAACGACGGCGUUGGUUUAGCCCACGGUGACACCGACAAUGGCAUUGGCGUGGGCGAGGCGGGUGGUGUUGGUAGUGCCGCUAAUGACAUGCUUGCCAAUGACAUUGAGGAUCUUAGCGUGCCGUGGCAAUUGGCGGCGCGAAUCAGCAAAAAGUCCUCCGCACUAUACAAGCCGCGUUUGGGCAAACGCACGCAAAAAAAACAACAACCAGCAGCAUGCAAUUAAAGCGUAGCGCCGAGGGGAGUGCGGCAAUCGAUAUCGCAGUAGUGCGUAGAUACGAAGGCCAACCGAGUAUUCAGUUUUGAGGCGAGCGAGUUGAAUUGAGGGUCAGCACAAGUGGUUUGGACACGGACAUUCUGAUUCAAAUCCAAUUGGAACAUUAUAUUAUCAACAUACCCCCGACAUGUGAAGGCAUGCAACUCAAUGGAGUAUGUAUGUGUUGAAACAGUUGUGAGAGUAGCGUUAAAACUGAAUUUAAAACUUUUUUUUUGGUAUAUACGAGAGGUACCAGGACGUUGUUAUUUAUUUACCUUAGCAUAUUAUGUAUUCCUAAAUGUUGAUUAAAUAUGAAAAAAUGUGAUUUAGACAAAUUUUAUACUCAUACAUAAGUAUUUUAUCCAAAUGCACUCAUCAUAAUGUAAAAGAUUACAUAAAACGCGAUGUUUGGAUCUUUCUAGUCAACAAUUAAGGGUGUGCCUCCUUUCGCUUGGGAAUUGAAUGGCUUAGUCGUUAUAUGAGAUUAAUUUAAGGUUAGCAAAAAAUAAUUUAUAUUUGUUGCGGUUAACAAUAAUGCUCAGAAGAGCUACGCAGAGCGAAGGGGGAAGAAGCUUACACGCGCAAAAUAAAAAUUAUGAUUCGUUGGUUGGCAUAUGUACGUGAUGGAUUUGCUGGGUGGCUGGUAGAGGUUGCAAAAUAGAAUAAUGUAGCUGUAUGUAUAACCUAGUGUGGCUCGUAAAUGUAUUUGAGAUGAUAUAUUUAGCUUGUCGAAAUACAUAUUUUACUGUUAAUUAUUCAUACGUGGAACUCUGGUGAGUUGACUAGCUUUAAUGCUUUUGAGUUGAGAAAAAUUAGUGUAUAAAAAAAGGUUUAAAAUAAAUAAUACCAGGUUUAA